CUUUUCCUUUUAGAAAAAGUACCCCUGCCGAAAUAAAACCCCACAAAAGGUAAAACCACUGGUUCCACCAAGUCGAUCUCUUCCUAUCUCUCUUGCAUUCCACAGGUAAGCGGCGAGGGAAGCAAAGACCAACGCACCGUCUCUGCCUCUUUCAACGACACUUUCACCAUUAUUCUCUACAGGAUCAGUUUGACGAAUUGAUGGCGUCCAAGUUGAAUCAGUUGCAGUCUAAGGCAUGUCAGGCAUCGAAGUUUGUUGCCAAGCACGGAACUGCCUACUACAAGCAAUUGUUAGAGCAGAAUAAGCAAUAUAUUCAGGAGCCUGCUACUGUUGAGAAGUGCAAUUUGUUGUCAAAGCAAUUGUUCUACACUCGUCUUGCUAGUAUUCCUAAUCGAUAUGAAUCAUUCUGGAAGGAACUUGAUUAUGUGAAGAAUUUAUGGAAGAACAGGCAGGAGCUGAAGGUUGAAGAUGCUGGUAUUGCUGCUUUGUUUGGUUUGGAGUGUUUUACUUGGUUUUGUGCUGGUGAGAUUGUGGGAAGAGGAUUUACUAUCACUGGCUACUAUCCUUGAGGAGAACAGCUUCACAGAAUGUGUUCCCGAGGAUUCUGCUGUCAUUUCGUGAUUGAUCACAGGCACUGUACUUGCAAAUUUUUGUUUUUUCUGCAAAAUUUUUGAAGCUGAGAAAUCAGUGGGCUUCUGUGAUUGCCUCAAUAAUUUUACAAUGAAGCCGCAUAGGAUGUUAUUAUGCUUCCAUUAACUUGUUGAAAAUCACAAGUACUCAUGGAUGAUGAUAUAAUGCUGCGAGUUUUUCGUUGGCUUACCUUUCUACUUGAUCAAGCUUCACGUUUAAA